AUGAAGUUGUCGGAAAAUAGAAACCUCAAAUAUUUUUUGCCUAUCUUCUUCUUCUUCUUCUUCUUCUUCUUCUUCUUCUUUUCUUCUUCUUCUUUUUCGUCGCCUUCUUUUCUUCUUUUUAAUCUCUUCCUCCUCCUCCUUCUUCUUCUUCUCGCCUUCUUUUCUUCUUUUCAAUCGCUUCUUCCUACGACUUCUUCUUCUUCUUCUUCUUCUCCUCAUUCUUCUUCGUCGCCUUCUUUAAUCUCUUCCUCCUACGACUUCUUCUUCUUCUCCUCUUCCUUCUUCUUCUCCUCCUCCUCCUCUUCUCCUCUUUCUUCUUCUUCUUCCCCUCUUCCUCCUUCUUAUUCUUCUCCCCUCCUCAUUCUUCUUCGUCGCCUUCUUUUCUUCUUUUUAAUCUCUUCCUCCUCCUCCACCUCCUUCUUCUUCUUCUCCUCCUUUUUCUUCUUCUCUUCAUUCUUCUUCGUCGCCUUCUUUAAUCUCUUCCUCCUACGACUUCUUCUCUUCCUCCUCCUUCUUCUUUUUCAUAUUUUCCUCCUUCUUCUCCUCCUCCUUCUCCUCCUUCUUCUCCAUCGCCUUCUUCAUCAUCUCCUCCCCGUCUGUUUUGUCUUCUUCGUCUUCUUCUUCUUCUUUCGUCUCCUCCUUCUUCUGCUCCUCAUCUUUCUUCUUCUUCUUUGUACUGCGUCCCUUUGA